ACGAAGAAAAUUUAUUUAUUUUCAGACGUUAAAAUGCCGAAAAAGCCUUUCAGCGGUAAAGCCAAGAAAGCACAACUUGCGGCUAAAAAGAAUAAGCAGUUAGGCAAGCUUGUCGGCGGGAAAGGAAAUCUACAAGUUCUGCAGAAAGAUGGUCAAUAUUCCAGAAACAAUUCCGCUUAUACCGACGUUGAAGUCAGAAAAGAGAGUAAAAGCAGAUACGAACUUCAGUUUAAGAAGCAGACUCCUGAAGAAUUAAGAUUAUCGAAGGAGAAAGCUAUGCUUCCGUUAUUACGAAAUCAGGACUGCACUGCACGAUCAGAAAUGUACUUCGACAACUACCACGACUUUCCACAAAGACCAACUUGGAACGGGGCCUGGAGCAAAGAGAAAUUAGAAAUGAACGAGCAGCGUGUAUUCCGACAGUAUAUCACAAGAUUACUUAAAUCUGAUAUAGAUGUUCCGCGACCUGUCAGAGAAAAGGGUGCUGAUGAUACUGAGGAGGAGGAGGAGGAGGAGGAUGCUGAUGAUAGAGAGGAGGAAAGCGAGGUUGGAGAUGGAGAUCAUGAAAAUCCUCGAGAAGAUGCAGAAGAGGAUCAUGAUUCACACCCAGGUGUUGUGAAGGAGUUUAGUUAUUUUGAGUUGAAUCUUGAGACUUGGAGACAAUUGUGGAGAGUCCUUGAGAAAAGUGAUAUUCUCCUCAUUAUCCUAGAUGUACGGUACGCUGCUGCUACAUUUCCACCCUCAUUGUACAACUACAUUUUAUCAAAGGGAAAACAACUGAUCGUUGUGUUAAACAAGAUUGACCUGAUACCCUCCCCCCUGGUGGCAGCCUGGAAGAACUACUUCACUACCACCUACCCAGGGGUUCACAUCGUGUACUUUACAUCAUUCCCAGCUUACAACAUGGUCGGGGUCAGGGAGAACAAGAGGGGGCUCAAGAUCAGGAAAAAGAAGACGUUGUUCAGCAUUGUCACUGAAGCAUCUCAGCAAAUCUAUGAUAUUUGUGAAAAGUUGUACGGAGAUAAGGUUGACCUAUCAAGCUGGCAGAAAAAGAUAGAAGGAAGCAAAGAUCAUGAGACUAGAGUAGUUCAUGAAACAUAUGAUCACACUAAAGAUACUGAGAUGAAAGAAGGGACUCUAACUAUUGGUACCCUGGGACAUCCUAAUGUUGGCAAAUCAAGUUUAAUCAACUCGUUGUGCGGGAAGAAGGUUGUCAGUGUCUCACGAACCCCUGGUCACACCAAACACUUCCAGACUAUUUUUCUGACCAAAACAGUUCGACUUUGUGAUUGCCCGGGAUUAGUAUUUCCCUCGAAAGCUCCAAGACAACUACAAGUGUUAAUGGGAAGUUUUCCUAUUGCGCAGCUAAGGGAGCCUUAUAGUGUAGUUCAGUUGCUUGCAGAGAGGGUUGAUCUUCCAAAACUACUAGAUCUUCAGCUCCCUUCAGAUGAAAAGGAGUGGUCAGCUUUCCUAAUUUGCGAAGCUUUUGCAGUAAAAAAAGGAUUCACUACGGCAAGGACAAGUCGACCUGACUCUUACAGAGCAGCUAAUAUGAUUCUUAGGUUUGCCUUGGAUGGGAGAAUAUGUCUCACUUAUCAUCCUCCGAACUACAAGGAAGAGAACUGGAAGAAUCAUCCAGACGCAUUUUUAGCAGAAGAGGUUACUGCCAGGAAAAGAGCUGUGGAGUCCGAGUAUCUGAAGGGAGGAGAGGGAUUGUCUGGAGAUGGAGCACGUAGUCAAGAUGAUGAUGAGGAUAGGGAUGAUGAGCAGGAGGAGGAAGAGGAAGAGUAUGAUGAGGAUGAAGAUAAAUCUGAUGAGGAGAAUGAUGAGUAUGAUACUGAGAGCGAUGAUGAUGAUGAUGAUGACACUGUUAUGCAGUCUGGAUCCAAAAACCCAUUUGCUCUACUCUCAAAUGAUUAGAAAAACUGGAAUUAUUUUUUGAUUCUACUUGCUAAAAAAAUUAUUCACCAGCUACUGCAUUAAUAAUUGAGAUUUUAAAACUUUGUACACGCACAAGGUAUUUUUGCUGAAAACUUACGUUUCAGCGAUGUCGCGCCAAAAAAAGUAUUGUUUAGCCUUUUCUUAAUUCAUAAUUAUAAAUUUUACUGUGAUCAAUGUAUCAAAUUUGUGAUAUAAAUAAAAAUCUUUUUGAAAAAGAAUAUUUUAUUUUGAAUCAUUUUUAUUCCAAUCUCAUAUUCCCGUCUAUUUAUCUGUCCAUCUAUUGCAGA